AUGGACCACGACAUGAGCGGCAUGAGCGGCAUGGCUAGCUCGGCAAUGACCAACAUGAUGAGCAUGACCAACAUGCCCUCGGCGACGGGCACGGCAGCGGCGGCGGCAGCGACUGGCAUGGCGGCGGGAGGACACAGCAUGGGCGUCUCAAUGUUGUGGAACUGGACGACGAUUGACGCGUGUUUCCUGUCACGCUCAUGGCACAUCAAAACCAAGGCCAUGUUUGCCGGCAGCAUUGUCGGCGUCUUCUUCCUCUGCAUGUUGAUUGAGGGUAUUCGCCGCCUCGCCCGCGAGUACGACCGGCAGAUCAUCCGUGCCAACCGCACCGACAAGGGCCGCGUUUAUCCGCCCACAUUUGCCCAGCAUGUCGUCCGGACGUUGGCUUAUGGCGUGCAGUUUACUGGCGCCUUCCUUGUAAUGCUCCUCGGAAUGUACUUCAACGUGCCCAUGCUUAUGGCCAUCUUCUUUGGCCACACGUUUGGAUACCUCGCCUUCGGGAGAGACACGUGCGGCGACGCGCUCGUGGAUAGCGGAUGCGCGUGUUAG